CGCCGUUCCUUCCACCACCGCACCUCGUCGGCGUCGUCGCCCCCCGCCGACCGAUCGCCGGUUUCCCGCCACGCCCUCGCCCUCGCCCUCGCCGGCAGCAGCUCGCUCGCUCGCUCGCUGCCUCGCCCCGAGUCUCAAGGGCAUCCUUCCAUGGGUGGCGCAAAUGAUCCAAGUCCAUCCUCUAAACUUCACACAAGACUGAGACUCUGGGAGUUCCCGGACCGCUAUGUAUUUGAACCUGUUGAUGGUCUUUCUGACUUAUAUCUGUCGGCUAACCGCUCUGAUGGUUCUAUGAAUCUAGUCAAAGAGUUGCCACCACGUGACUCUUCUACAAAUCCAAAAUGUCAAACAGUGUAUGGUGUGAUAGGACUGCUCAAGCUUGCAGUUGGAUCAUAUUUUCUAGUGAUUACAGGCCGUGAUUGUGUGGGAUCCUACUUGGGACAUGCAAUUUUUAAAGUGACAGGACUAAAAGUUCUCCCCUGCAAUAACUCACGUAGCAGUUCUGCCAAGCAGAGUAAAAUGGAAACAGAAUUUUCAGAACUCCUGCAUGCUGCAGAGAAGACUAUAGGCCUGUACUUCUCAUAUGAUAUCAACAUAACACUUACUUUGCAGAGGCUACAUGAUCUUGGUGAUGAGUUCAAAUCACUUCCACUUUGGAGACAGGCAGAACCAAGAUUUCUAUGGAACAGUUACUUGCUGGAACCUCUAAUUGAGAACAAGCUGGAUCAAUACUUGUUGCCAGUCAUUCAAGGCAGCUUUCAGAAUAUCCAUGCAGAAGUUGGGUCACAGAAGGUAAAUGUCACCCUGAUUGCACGUAGGUGCACACGGAGGAUAGGUACACGAAUGUGGAGACGUGGAGCUGAUGCAGAGGGUUAUGCUGCCAACUUUGUUGAAUCAGAGCAGAUAAUGGAAUCAAAAGGGUUCACAGCAUCCUAUGUACAAGUUCGAGGCUCCAUGCCAUUCUUGUGGGAGCAGAUUGUUGAUUUAACAUAUAAACCUAGCUUUGACAUUGUUAGACAAGAGGAGGCGCCACAUAUACUUGAGCGUCACUUUCGUGAUUUACAGAAGAAAUAUGGAGCUGUGUUGGCUGUUGAUCUUGUCAAUACGCACGGUGGUGAAGGCCGCCUCCAUGACAGAUAUGCAAAAUCUAUUGAACCUAUUCUCAGCGGAGAUGUAAGAUAUGUGCAUUUUGACUUCCAUCGUAUCUGUGGUCAUAUUCAUUUCGAGCGCCUUUCUCAGCUGUAUGAUCAAAUUGAAGAUUAUCUCAAGAAACAUAGGUACUUCCUUUUGAAUGAUAAAGGUGAAAAGAUUGAGGACCAGACUGGUACUGUCAGGACAAAUUGUGUUGAUUGCUUAGAUCGCACUAAUGUAACUCAGAGCAUGAUUGGAGGAAAGAUUCUAGAAAACCAGCUUCAGCGGAUAGGGGUUCUUGGUGCUAAUGAUACGAUAAGCAACCAUCCAGCUUUUGAUGCAAAAUACAAAGUUUUAUGGGCUAACCAUGGAGAUUCAAUAAGCACUCAGUACUCUGGAACUCCGGCAUUGAAGGGUGAUUUUGUUCGGUAUGGGAAGAGAAGUACCCAGGGAAUUUUGAAUGAUCUGUGGAAUUCACUUGCUAGAUACUACUUGAACAACUUUGCAGAUGGCACUAAGCAGGAUGCCAUGGAUCUUCUUCAGGGACAUUACGUCACAUCUGUUAGCCGUGACAUGGCAGGUCCAAGCAAAGCAGGAAUUCUAGAGAAUUAUGCGUCUUUCCGCCUUGCUUUUGCAUUGGUUAUGGGAGCUCUUAUGUUCAUGAUGAUGUCACUAAGACAAGCAAGGAAUGAUGUUCGCCAUUUGGUGUUGUCACUUCUAUGGGCUGGCCUUUGCAUUGGCAUCACGCAUUUUGUCAGAGCCAAUGGCCGGGUGUUCACCAAUAGACCUCGUUUUUACCAGUCACGCCAUUGAAGCAAAGCAACCAUUUUACACGGAAAGUUAUCAUCGUUCAUCAAACUGUCAGCACUCAGCACCUCGUUAAAUAUGAAGAUCUAUUCGUCGCAUUUUUUUGCUGGGACUUUGACCUCCCCUGUAUUGUAAUGAGCUCUUUUUCCUCAUUUUUGUAAUAAGUUUUUUUUUUUAUCUUUUCCUUCUCAUUUUGAUCUCCUGCUGUCUUUGGGGCAUCACGUUCACCAUUCUAUUUGACUUAGCAGUAUAUAGUUCUAUACACCUCUGUAGCCAACAGUUUCAUCAACAACGAUUGUAUUCACAUAUUUAUCUUGUAAGGAUUAAUUAUGUUCCAAUUCCAGAAUGGAUUAUUGAUCAGUAAAAAAGAUGUUUACAGUGUUUCAAGAUCCA